UCUUUGACAGCAGAAUACUUCUUUGAACGCUAUGCAGAGGAAAACAAAGACGCGUGAAUAUUUGUAUUUUGGCGGCAGUAGUGUGUUGUUUGCGCAUCGUGUACGGUUUGUUGUCGUCGAAGACUAGCAAAAUGGCUGGUGUUUUUGGCAUUCACGUGGGGAAUUCUUCGGCCUGCUUGGCGUAUUGUAAGGAUGGGAAAGUUGAUAUUAUAGCCGACGACAGUGGCAACAGAAUAAUGCCUGCAAUAGUCGCGUUUGUAGACGGUGAAGAGACUGUUGGACUCCCAGCGAAGGCAGCUCUUGUUAGAAAUGCCACAUGUACAAUCGUUCGCAAUAAGAAACUCUUAAAUGACAGUAUUCCUGACGACGAACUUGAGCAUCAUAUCAAGUCAGUGAAAUGUAAAAUAGUGACUGAAGGAGGCCUGAAAUAUGAAAUCCGAGAUGAAGACAAGGUUGCUGUGUAUACCCCAGAAGGAGCCAUGACGUGCAUUUACAAAAAGCUGUUUGGCUUUGCUUCCACAUGUGUACCUCCAGAUACAGAUCUGCGCACAGUCCUGUGUGUCCCCUUAAAUUUUUCGAAGUGUAGUCGUCGGGCACUGGCACAUGCAGCGGAAGAUGCAGGAUUCGAUGUUCUGCAAGUAAUUAGUGAACCUAUAGCAGCCUUGCUUGCUCAAGGCUAUGGUGUUGAGUCCCCAGAUGAGAGAGGGAUGUGCCUCGUUUAUCGCCUGGGGGGAGCUACAAUGGAUGUUACAGUUGUAUUGUGCUGUGCAGGAAUGUACACAGUGAAAGGCCAUGUGUAUAAAGCAAACUUCGGAGGGGACAAGUUCACAGAAAUACUUGCCAACUUCCUCGCCGAAGUAUUUCACCAGAAAUGGAAGUUGGAUCCAAAUGAUAGUCGGCGUGCUAUGGCUAAAUUGUACAAUGCUGCAGAGCAGUGCAAACACAUUUUGUCCACAAUGAGUACAGCUCAUUGUUUUAUUGAGUCUUUGUGUGAAGGAACAGACUUUAGCUACAAUGUUACAAGAGCACGAUUUGAAAAUUUGAUUAGUGCAGCUGUGAAAAUGUGCACUGCCCCCAUAGAAGAAGCACUGAGCCAAGCAGGUAUCGAUUGCAGAGACAUAAACAAGGUGCUCCUGUGCGGUGGAUCUGCGAAAAUCCCGAUAAUUCAGCAAUCUGUCUCAGAAAUGUUUCCCAAUUCAGAGUUAUUAUGUAGUGUAAAUCCUGAUGAACUGAUUGCCCUGGGUGCUGCGAAGCAUGGUAGUUAUCUGAAAGAACCAUUUGACCCAGGUUGUGAUCAUUUAUCAUAUGAUAUCCCAGUUGUAACAAAAUCAAUUUUUAUGAAGACAGCAGCAGUGAUCCACUACAAUUCCAAACUAAUGGUGAUGGUAUGCUGUCUUAUAUUUAAUGAGGCAAACGAUGAUAAAGUGUUGGUUAUACCAGCACAGACACCUGUUCCGGUCAAGGUCACAAAGAGUCUUCCAUUGACACUCUCAGGAGAGAGUAUAGUAGUUCAGGUUCUUGAAGCUGAUGAUGAUGAUGAUGAUGAUGAUGAUGAGGAUACAGACAAAGAACAGGGAGCUGUAGUUUUGGGAAAUCUGACGCUUGAUGAUGUGUCGGCUUCCAGCAGUUUAACUGCUGAAAUAAAUGUAAACAGUAUUGGAAGUUUGCAUGCAAGCAUAACUGAUACUGCAACACAGAAGAAAUCUUCCUUUCGACGAGGUCCUCCGGCAUCAGAUGGACAAUAAUUCAUUUGAAAAAUUAUAUGUUGAUAUUGCCUGUGAUAUUAAAAUAAAAUGUUUUCAUAUACUUA